CUGAGUAAUACCGGCAGUCAGUAGCGGGGGUCAGCAAUGCCGAUCUCCAAGAACAGCCCGAUACAUCAUAGGUGCCGGAGUCUGACUAGGGAGACGAUGGCACACCAACUCUCCACCUCUCUUCUCUCUCAUCUCGACGUGGCAUGGACACCUCAGGACGAUAAUGUCUACCAUGAAAGAGGCGCCUCCGAAAUAGUCCUUUAAGAAAAGCACCGCGCUACCGUCACCCUAAGCUGACGCGAGCUGCGCCAGCCAGGACAAGUGGAAUGGCUUCAAUUUGGCGCCAUGAACGUGUCAACUUGCCAGCGGCAGAGCUUAUCCCCAGAGGUAGUAGCACUGGGACCACGUACCGCGUACAAGCUACAUGGGGCCUCAGCGACUCCAUCCCUGUCAUCCCCGGCCGGCCUGUCUCGCCCAUUCCCGCGGAUGUGCUGUCUGGCAUAUUCCUGGCCAUGGCGUCCGCCACCGACCCGGCCCUUGCCCCAGCCGCGUUCCCCCCACCGAUGUUUCGUCCUUGUGGAGGCCGUGAAGAGGAUUCUGAUUUGUGGCCAUCGCCUGCGGCUGACCUGUCUCGUGUCAGAGGUCAAGCGCCGCCGAAAGACGCGGCUGACGGGGGCAAGCACAGCCGCGCGGACGGGCUUGACGCGAUUCUGGAUUCUACAGGUGAUUCGAGUAGAGAUAAGGUCGGUCAAUAAUAGCGCCGUAGCGCCCUUUCGUGUUGGUCUAGUUAUCCGGUAUCCGUUGAUUGAGGGAAAGCCACAGUCCGAGAUGAGAACCGUGAGGAGGUUGGAACGUUACGCUCUGGAG